GGAGGGUCGAAUUCUCGAAUUCUUUUUCUCACCUCGAUGCCCCGCGUCUAGUUAAGCCAAGCCAAGCCAACUUUCCACAUUAUUCCCAUCUUUUCGCCAGCCUCGACCCCAGAAAAUAUUUAAUAUAACUUUUUGUAGGUGUUUUUCUUUUCUUUUUUGAUUGCUCGAUGAAAAAGAUGGUCAUUUCGAUAAGAAAUCUAGCUGGAAGAAAUAUCCUUGCACAAUUACGGCAUUAGGUUAGGUAUUAUUAUUUUUUAUGAAAGGAAGGCCCACAUUACAUUACUUCUCUACCUAAUAUCUCCCUCCAGAGUCCAGGGUAAGUGAGUCAGUACCUACCUGGGUAGGUAAACUUAUUAUGCGAGUGCCGUAUGUAUUGUACCAGGUAGACAAGAAACCCAUGCCUUUCUAAACUCGGCUCUGCCCUUUGUAGGUAGGAUCUUUCAGCUUGGUCGCGUAAUUAUAUGUAUCUCGAUCUAUGAUCAUAUACCUACGCUUCUUUCAUUCGCAUUAGGUUAGGUACUUACUUAAUUUUUUAUAGCGUCUGAUCUCGUCCAAUUCUCUACUACUUACUCGAAUCUUAUUUCUGUCCCCGAAAAAAAGAAAGAAAAAAAAAAAGUUGAAUAUAGCCUCCGCUCGACGAACGAGAGACGCCCCCAAAAAACAACCUCCCCUUUUGAAAUAUCAGCCACAUGGGAAUUGGCAAGCCCAGAAGCACCGCUCGCGGAUCAUCCGCAUUAUGUCCAGCGUAUCCUCUACUCCUACCGUUCAGAAUCAUUUAACCCUCAUGGAAUCGUCAUCUCGAUCGUCUCCCAACGACCAAUCUAUCGGCUCGCCCGCCGCCGCAUCAGUCGCUGCCUCGACGCCGCAGGAUUCCGCAUCCGUCUCGAACGCCACUUCUUCUGUGCCUGUGGCCGGCGUUGCCAAUACCGCUUUUACCCCUUCGGGCCCGAUUACCCUUGACCCGUUCACCACCCCCUCGUCGGUGCUGAACCCCCGAAGCUGCGUAACAUGCCGACGGCGAAAAGUCAGAUGCGACAAAUUUAUGCCAUGCGGCAACUGUCGCAAAGCCCAGAUCCAAUGCGUCUUCCCGGCACCAGGCCGUGCGCCCAGACGCCCGCGCGUGAAAGAUCCUAACGCCCCGCCCAAACAGACGAGCGAGCGCGAGAUUGAGCUUAUGAAGCGGCUGCGAAAGCUGGAGGGCAUAGUAGAGGAUCUCAGCGGGCAGAUAGAAAUAGAAACCGCAAGGCAUCCAUCUCUCAGCGGUGGGGGCUCGCCCGAGGCCACCUUAGAUAAUGCGCAAGAAAGAGAACGACGGAGACAAAGCGGGAUCACCUAUAGCGAGAAUAUCCCCGGCGGCUACCCUCCGGCGGACCAUACGAAACUUAGUCGUUCCCACACCAUCGACUCUGUCAAUGCUGCAUUAAAGAGUCCAACAUCGGAGGUUAGCAAGCCGUUUGGGAGAUUGGUGCUAAAUGAGAAGGGGAAGACGCGAUACGUAAGCAGCGCGUUUUGGUCCAAGGUUAACGAUGAGCUUAACCAGCUUCGAACCGAAACGGAAUUACUCACCGAUUACGAAUCUGACGCUUCGGACGACGGUAGCAGCCCCGGUUUGUUACAUCUUCCAGACCUUGCUGAUCACCACGGCUUCGUUCUGGGCUAUAGCUCUUCCGAUGUUGAUCUGCGCAAGUUGCAUCCCCUGCCGUCCCAAAUACCCUUCUUCUGGCAGGUCUAUCAGGAGAAUGUCGACCCUCUAGUGAAGAUAUUACAUGUGCCAUCCAUGAACAAGAUAAUCCGCGAGUUGAGAAGUAAUAUGGAUAACAUCUCACCGGGGAUGGAAGCCUUAAUGUUUGCUAUAUACUACGCUUCUAUCACGUCCAUGGAAGAUAAUGAGGUUAAGGUAAACUUUGGCGCGGAGAAGGCGCAACUUAUCAAAAAGUACCGCUUCGCUACGGAGCAGGCCCUCGCGAAAGCGAACUUCCUGGUUACAUCCGAACUGGUCGUCGUCCAAGCUUUCACCCUCUUUCUAGUUCUCGUUCGUCGAUACGACGACACGAGGUUUGCCUGGACGCUUACAGGUCUCGCAAUUCGCAUUUCACAGUCGCUCGGCAUACAUAGGGAAGGGACCAAAUUUGACGGCUUGAGCCCCUUCGACGUCGAGAUGCGCCGCAGACUUUGGUGGGCAAUAUGUAUCCUCGACCUCAGAUCCGCAGAAGACCAAGGUACGGAGCUUACGAUCGCGGAGCGGACGUACGACACGCAAUUCCCGCUAAAUAUCAACGACGCCGAUCUGAGCCCCGAAAUGACGGAGUUCCCAGAAGAAAAGGCGGGGCCUACCGACAUGACAUUCUCUCUCAUCCGUUACGAAAUCUGCGCUUUAGCUAGGAAGAUACACUUCGCAACAAACGGCAUGGCUCCGUGCCGUGCCCGAUCUACCGAAGAGGAACGUACAAAGAUGCUACACGAGUGCUACGAACGAAUCGAAACCAAGUAUCUCAAAUCGUGCGGCGACAAGGACACGGAUGUGCUACAUUGGGUUGCCGCUAUGAUCUCGCGCCUCAUCAUGGCCAAGAUGAGCUUGAUAAUCUACCAGCCUAUGCUACUCUACUCUUCGGCCGAGGGAGUCAGCAAGGAAAUCCGGCAUCGCCUUUUUAUGGCUUCCCUCGAGGUGGUCGAAUAUACCAGAGUGUUAAACUCGGAACAGAGAUGCCGCCAGUGGCGAUGGCUCUUUCAGACGUACGCGCAGUGGCACGCUGUAGUAUAUCUCCUACUCGAAGUGUGCCGCCUGCCUUGGAGUGCGUCGCUCGAACGCGCCUGGAUCGUGCUCAGCGCAACGUUCCAAACUCCCGACGUUGCCCAGCGUUCUAAGCCGGGGGUUUGGAUUCCGCUACGCAAGCUAAUGGGGCAGGCGAGGCGUCAUAGGGACGAGGAGAUCCUGCGGCUGAGAGCCGACCCGGAGGCAGCACGCCAGCUUGACCUGGAAGAACAGAAAAAGACGCAGCCGGAAAGCUUCGAGCACCUGUCUAGCUCGGUGCGGGGCGCUCGCGCACAAGAACAGUGGCGGAAGCUCGUCGGAGUUAAAGGGCCCGAAAAGCCCAAGUAUCAAAUGCCGGAGUUCACGGGUAAUAGCACGCAUCCGGAAAGGAAGGAGUUUGUCCAGAAGCGAUCGGGGUCGGACAUGGAGGUAGCCCCGACAGAGCUGCAAUAUGUCGAUCACUUGAUGUCUCAGCCGUAUCUAGACUCUCAAGACAUCUUCUCGGUCGCUUUUCCGAGCAACCAAGCCUACCUUACUGAAGGGGGCGCCCAACCCCCAGGGGGAUCUCGGGCAAUUCAGACUGGUGCCAGUAGUAGUAAUAACAACGAUCAACCACCGGCAGACCAGCCUCCGCAUAAUUUUCUAGAGGAUAACCCUCCACCGUGGUUCUGGAGCGGCGUUUGGGGGCAGUCUCCUCCAAACGGUUCGACCGAAAACGCACCGAAUACGGAAGACCAGGACGUUAACAUGGACGCGGACGAGGGCUUUAACUGGCAGAAUUGGGUAGACAAUGGGCUCGCGAUGGGAAAGGUGAGCUUCAUGGGAGGGAUCUGAGAACAUUUACGCAAAUGAUCUGUUGAUAUAUGAAGCGAAAUACGAUACCAAAUGAACAUAACAAUAUGUGGCGGCUUCUAACUGUCUAGGCUGCAAGAGCUCUCUUAGACAUACCAAAGGCCUUGACGACUUUGGACUCCGCUCGUGACGGGGGCGAGAGACGAAUCAUCCUACCCUACUUCAAGGGACAUGUACCGACGGGGGAGAGAACGUACGGGCUAUGAUGAGAUGAGGAUGCCGUUACGUGUACAUACUGAUACCCUACUCUUAGGCUUGUGGCUUUGUAUCCGAAUCGAAAAACCCGGAUUUAAACUUGAGCCCCUGCCGGAGCUACUCUAUCUACUUACUGAUGAAUCGUUAAACGACCUUAUCUUGACCAUACAGAUCGUGAAUAUAUCCUUUUCAUUUUCAUUUUCACUAUUUUCCCUUAUAUUCGGAAUGUUACAAAUUCAUUAUAUUCAUCCUCAGUCAACUGGAUCGGCAGUCCCAUCCAAUAAUAGGUAGUUUAUGUUUCCCCAUCGAUGGCUCAAGCUUUAGGUAUCGGAGGAAUUUGAACGAGCUUUGCAUAAAACUGAUUACGUUACCUACCUUGGUAGGUAGUAUUUGAUAUACCAUUACGAAUUGUGAUUUGUCAGCCUUAUUUUAUC